AUGCUCAGAAAUGGAAAUCGAUACUCGGUCACCCAGCUUUACUCGAUGGCGGCCGAAAAUGAUACCGAGAUCGAGGAUGAAUUGGCUCGAGCUCAAAAGACACUACGAGACUUAAAAGCCAGAAUCUCAUCUCAAUCCAAAAAGAACUUUGUUUUGGAAAGAGAUGUCAGGUAUCUUGAUUCACGGAUCGCAUUGCUCAUUCAAAAUCGAAUGGCCUUGGAUGAGAGGGAAGAAGUUCGGGAGCAUCUCGAAGAAGCAGACGAAAGUGAAGGACUUUAUCUAGAUGACAGACGGACUCAACAAUACGCGAAUCUAUUCUUCUUACUUCAAAGCGAACCAAGACAUAUCGCCGCCUUAUGUAGAUUAGUUUCCAUGGGCGAAAUUGAUACUCUCCUUCAAACUGUGAUGUUCACGCUUUAUGGUAAUCAGUACGAGAAUCGAGAAGAACACUUGCUGUUAACCAUGUUUCAGUCAGUUUUGUCUGCUCAAUUUGAGAUGGCAACCGAUUUUGGAUCACUACUCCGAGCCAAUACGCCGGUAUCGAGAAUGAUGACGACUUAUACUCGGCGAGGUCCUGGUCAGAGUUAUCUCAAGAGUGUCUUGGCCGAGCGUAUCAAUAGUCUGAUUGAACAUAAAGAGUUGAACCUGGAAAUCAAUCCACUCAAGGUGUACGAUCAGAUGCUUCAACAAAUUGAAGAAGAAACUGGUUCUCUACCCGUUGACCUUCCCCGUGGCAUAUCGCCUGAAAUCGCUGCUGCCAACAUAGACGUCCAGAACAUCAUUGCACCCCGUCUGGCCAUGUUGAUGGAAAUCGCAAACAGCUUCUUGAUGACCAUCAUCGAAAGCUUGAACAGCGUGCCGUAUGGGAUUCGUUGGAUAUGUAAACAAAUUCGUAGUCUUACCAAGCGUAAAUAUCCCGAAGCGACGGACAUUGCGAUCUGUUCAUUGAUCGGCGGAUUUUUUUUCUUGAGGUUUAUCAAUCCCGCAGUUGUGACGCCUCAAGCUUACAUGCUUAUCGAUAAUUUACCUACGACUGCCAAACACCCACGACGGACAUUGACUUUGAUAGCAAAAAUGUUGCAGAACUUGGCAAACAAACCAUCAUAUUCAAAGGAAGCAUAUAUGAUGAGCUUGAAUCCGUUUGUAGAAAACAACAAGACUCGUAUCAACUUAUUUUUGAAUGCGCUCUGCGAUGUGAAGGAUUUCUACGAAUCACUGGAGAUGGAUCAAUACAUGGCGCUUUCCAAAAAAGAUUUACAGAUCAACAUCACGCUCAAUGAGCUAUACAAUACCCAUUCUCUUCUCGUUCAACAUCUGGAUCACCUAGCUCGAAAUGAAAGACAACAUCUGCGGAUACUGUUGGAUGAAUUGGGGCCGGCCCCUGGACAAGUACCUAGAAAAGAAAACCGAGCCAUUGAACUUCCACUUUACAGUCGAUGGGAAAUGCCGAUUCAGGAUAUCACGACUGCUUUGAUGGCUGAAAACAAUUUAACACAAAAUGAUAUCCUUUAUAUGGAAACCAAAUCGAUCUUUGUACAGCUGAUUCGAUCGAUUCCUACCUUAACCGAUAAACGGCCCAUGAAUCUGGCACAUAUUGCCGAAAGAGCGGCUACAGCUAAAGACGCGGUAUUGGUUCGAAAAGGAUUGAAGGUGAAGGAAAUGUUACGAGAAUUAGAAGAGAUCCAAUCGUUGGGAGACCGAAAAGAUGGACAUAAACUCUUAAUGGAUGAAAUUGCAGCUGAAUUGACUCAUCUAGGUAAUAUGCGAGAGAAGGUCCUUUUAGAGACUCGAUCACUUGAAGCUGUAUUCAAGACGAUAGGGGAUCAUAAUGCAUACCUACGAUCACAACUCGAACAGUAUAAAGCAUAUCUACAGAAUGUUCGAAUGACAUCCGCCGGCAAUCAGAAAGGUAGUAAGACGGUAGGUGGUGGUGUUGGGGUUGUAUCGGUUGAUGGUAAAGAAAGGAAACAAAGUAAAUCGUUAGGAUUAGGACCCUUUAAGUUUAGUCAUGGUCAAUUUGAGAAAGAUGGGGUGAUCACAGAGAGUAAUGUACCAGAGAAUAGGAGGGCAAAUAUCUUUUUUCAAAUCGUAUCACCUUCACCUGGGACUUUUAUCAUUGGUUUACAUUAUAAAGGAAGAGAGAAGGCGAUUUUGGAGAUGGAUUUGAAAAUUGAUGAUUUGUUGGAAAAACAAAAGGAAAAUGUAGUUAGUUUAGAUUUAGAGUAUGUUCAAUUAUCGGUAGUAAAGACUCUGGCAUUGUUGAACAAGACUUUCACACGUCGUAAGUGA